UCAUCUCAAAAUUAGCUCAAUAUGGAAAAUUUGCCAGAGGCUCCUCCAAGCUUUGUCCGCAAAAAGCAGACUAUUUUGCAUCAACUUGCAGUCCCGACUUCGCAGUACAGUGACCUAUCCCCCAAAGGCUCUGUAGAUGAAGCUAUCCGCACCUUAAUUGAUGGAAUCAACAGUUCGGAGGGCCUUGUAACGACUAGUAGCUGUGCAGGAAGGGUAAGCGUGUUUUUGGAGGGGGUCCGACGGCAAGGAACAAAGUCUGAAGCGACUUUGAGCAGUGAAGUGAACAACGGUCAACUAGCAGGACCCGGUGGAAAAGGAGGGGGCGGAAGAUGGCUUUUCGUCUCUCACGAUCCAAUUGUUAUUCCGAACGCAGUUGAUAGUGAAUCUUUUAUCCAUAAUCUCUUUCAAUUACCUUCGAAGCCGACCUCGCACUUUACAUGCCCAGAGAAUUGCAGAUAUCUCCAUUUUAAAUUUGAGCCAAUGAUUCUUCAUGUAUUGACGUCAUCACUGAAAGAAGCCCAAAAGGUGCUCAAUGCUGCGCUUCAGGCCGGAUUCCGUGAGAGUGGGGCAAUGAGCCUCGAAGGGGCCGAAUCUAUGUCGACGACCCCAAUGGUCGCUGUUCGCUCUAUUGGACUAAUGUUUGAUUCUAUCAUCGGAUUUGCCACCAACGAUGAUGGUGCCGAGCAUAUCAGAGUCACCGUCAGUGAUGAGCAUCUACGCAUGCUUGUCGAUCUUGCAAAUGAGAGGUUUCGAAUAAACCAAGAGAGAAUCCAGAGGUUUAGAACCUUAUUGCUUUCUCCCAACUCAGAGAAUCGUAAGAAUAGUAAGAAAGCCCAGAAAUGUACUGGAGAGACAUGGGAAGAGCCUGAAGUAAGAAGAGCACGUAAAAAGGCUGAGGGCGAGAGGAAAAGAAAGGAGCAUCAAACUAAACAGGCGCCGAACCCUGCAUCCAAUGAAGAAGACAGUGAAAGCCUAGAAUACAUUGGAAACAUGCUGGAAUAAUCGUUUCAACGAAGGGCACGAAUAAUAAUAUCUAUGGUCAAAUGAGAUCCGAUUCAUGCCGCAAUAUUGGAUGCAACAGGGGAUUUCACAUGUGAUAAUCUAGGGAGUCUUUCAAGGUCGCUUGUAAAGACCCCAUAUUAGUCACGACGCAUCGAUGAAGAGAAUUAGCGCGCCGAUAAAUCGCUGUACUGUCAAGAUUUAUGCAACAGAGUAUUCUUGAGUUGUUUCUCCGAUCUUCAUAUUGGCC